CAGACAGCGUGGCUGCAGUGCCGCAGCAAAGACUCCACGUACAGUCGGACAGCUGCACGGCUGCUCAUAACAUCCUCAGGGUUAGCUUUUCUGAUAGGAUAUUUUUGGAGAUAUAUUCUCCAAGUGUUCACUUUACGAGCCCACAAAACAGGAGGAUUUAAUGAGGAAGUGGAGGAACGACUGCUGUCACGGUUAGCUGGCUGGGACGUCGGUUAUCAGCCUGCUCUGCCCGGAGCCGGGAGACACCAGCCAGCCGUUGGGAACUAGAGCGGUUGGCUAGCUCUACGGCUAGCUAACACUGGCAUUAGCCGGGGAGAGCCUUUCAAACCAGCACCCUCUUAGCACUUCGCUGCGUUGACGCCCACUUAAAAGGUGUGAAGAUGGAUUGAAACAUGAAGGGUGGAACUGUCCCAUCGUCAAAAUAGGAGGACUUCUCUCUGGGGUCUGGCUCUGCAGCUUAACUGUGUGACUAAGCUGGGAGACAUAGAGGAAGAUGCCUCCCAGGCCGUCCUCAGGGGAGCUAUGGGGCAUCCACUUGAUGCCUCCAAGGAUCCUAGUGGACUGCCUGCUGCCCAAUGGGAUGAUUCUGACCCUGGAGUGUCUCCGUGAGGCCACGCUCAUCACCAUCAAACAUGAGCUGUUCAAGGAGGCCAGGAAAUAUCCCCUCCAUCACCUCCUACAGGAGGAGACAUCCUACAUCUUUGUCAGUGUUACACAGGAAGCAGAGCGAGAGGAGUUCUAUGAUGAGACCCGGAGGCUGUGUGACCUCAGACUCUUCCAGCCCUUCCUCAAGGUCAUUGAACCAGUUGGUAACAGAGAGGAAAAGAUCCUCAACAGAGAGAUUGGUUUUGCUAUUGGUAUGCCUGUCUGUGAGUUUGACCUAGUAAAGGAUCCCGAGGUUCAGGACUUCAGGAGAAACAUCCUGAAUGUUUGUAAAGACUCUGUGGAGCUGAGAGAUGCCGGCGGGCCCCACAGUAGAGCCUUGUAUGUUUACCCACCCAAUGUAGAAUCCACACAGGAACUUCCCAAACACAUCUAUAGCAAACUGGACAAAGGUCAGAUUAUUGUUGUGAUUUGGGUGAUUGUUUCUCCAAACAACGAUAAACAAAAAUACACAUUGAAGAUCAACCAUGACUGUGUGCCUGAACAGGUGAUUGCAGAGGCCAUUCGUAAGAAGACACGCAGCAUGCUGCUGUCUCCAGAGCAGCUGAAGAUGUGUGUGCAGGAAUAUCAGGGUAAAUACAUCCUAAAAGUCUGUGGCUGUGAUGAGUACCUACUGGAAAAGUACCCCAUCAGCCAGUAUAAGUAUAUCCGUAGUUGCAUCAUGCUGAGCAGGAUGCCUAACCUGAUGCUAAUGGCUAAGGACAGCCUGUACACACAGUUGCCCACAGACAACUUUGUCAUGCCGUCAUACUCUCGACGCAUCUCCACGGCAACAUCCUACAUGAACGGGGAGGCAGCUGCCAAGUCGCUGUGGACCAUCAACGGGACCCUGCGAAUACGAAUCCUCUGUGCCACUUAUGUCAAUGUGAAUAUACGGGACAUAGACAAGAUAUAUGUGAGGACAGGCAUUUACCAUGGAGGUGAACAGAUGUGUGACAAUGUCAACACACAGAGGGUACCCUGCUCUAACCCCAGGUGGAAUGAGUGGCUAACCUAUGAUAUGUACAUCCCUGACAUACCCCGUGCUGCCAGACUCUGCCUCUCCAUCUGCUCUGUGAAGGGCAGGAAGGGAGCCAAGGAGGAGCACUGCCCACUUGCUUGGGGUAAUAUCAACUUGUUUGACUAUACUCACACUCUAGUUGCCAACAAGAUGGCUCUGAACCUCUGGCCUGUCCCUCAUGGCCUUGAAGAUCUCCUCAAUCCCAUAGGAGUCACAGGAUCCAACCCUAAUAAGGAAACCCCAUGUCUUGAGCUGGAAUUUGACCACUUCAGUAGUCCAGUAAAAUACCCAGAUAUGAAUGCAGUUGAGGAUCAUGCAAACUGGACCAUCUCAAGGGAGCUGGGCUUUAACUACAACCUCUCCGGACAGAGCAACCGUGUGGCCAGAGAUCACGCCUUGACAGAGAGCGACACUGAGCAGCUCAGACAGCUGAGUAACCGGGAUCCUCUUUCUGAAAUCACUGAGCAGGAGAAAGACUUCCUCUGGAGACACAGGCACUACUGCAUGAACAUCCCUGAGAUCCUUCCCAAGAUCCUCCUUGCUGUCAAAUGGAACUCCAGAGAUGAAGUAGCACAGAUGUACUGUCUGUUAAAGGAAUGGCCAUCAAUCCGUCCUGAGCAGGCCAUGGAGCUUCUAGACUGUAACUAUCCAGACCCCAUGGUCAGACACUUUGCUGUCCGCUGCCUGGAGAAAUAUCUGACUGAUGACAAACUGUCCCAAUACCUCAUUCAGCUUGUACAGGUAUUAAAAUAUGAGCAGUAUCUUGACAAUCCUCUGGCCCGUUUCCUCCUCAAAAAGGCUCUGACCAAUCAAAGAAUAGGCCAUUUCUUCUUCUGGCAUCUGAAGUCAGAAAUGCACAAUAAAACAGUGAGCCAGAGGUUUGGGCUGCUUUUAGAGGCAUACUGCAGGGCCUGUGGCAUGUACCUCAAACACCUGAGCAGGCAGGUAGAGGCCAUGGAGAAGCUCAUUAACCUCACUGACAUCCUUAAACAGGAGAAGAAGGAUGAGACGCAGAAGGUCCAGAUGCGGUUUCUUGUGGACCAGAUGAAGAGACCGGACUACAUGGAUGCUCUGCAGAACUUCACCUCUCCUCUCAACCCAGCACACCAACUGGGAAAUCUGAGGUUAGAUGAAUGCAGGAUCAUGUCAUCAGCAAAGAGACCAUUGUGGCUGAAUUGGGAGAAUCCUGACAUCAUGUCUGAGCUGCUCUUUCAGAACAACGAGAUAAUCUUCAAAAAUGGAGAUGACUUGCGGCAGGACAUGCUGACAUUGCAGAUUAUUAAAAUAAUGGAAAAUAUCUGGCAGAAUCAGGGCCUGGACUUGCGGAUGCUCCCCUAUGGCUGUCUGUCAUUAGGAGACUGUGUGGGUCUCAUUGAGGUGGUGCGCAGCUCUCACACCAUCAUGCAGAUUCAGUGUAAAGGAGGCUUGAAAGGAGCCCUGCAGUUCAACUCAAACACUCUGCAUCAGUGGCUUAAGGACAAGAACAAGGGCGAGAUGUAUGACAUGGCUGUGGAUCUGUUUACAAGGUCCUGUGCUGGCUACUGUGUAGCUACAUUUAUCCUCGGGAUUGGAGACAGACACAACAGCAACAUCAUGGUCAAAGAUGAUGGACAGUUGUUUCAUAUAGAUUUUGGUCAUUUCUUGGAUCACAAGAAGAAGAAAUUUGGCUACAAGAGAGAGCGAGUGCCCUUUGUGCUGACACAAGACUUCCUCAUCGUCAUCAGCAAAGGAUCCCAGGAGUGUGCAAAGACCAAAGAGUUUGAGAGGUUCCAGGAGAUGUGUUAUAAAGCCUACCUAGCCAUCAGGCAGCAUGCUAACCUCUUUAUCAACCUGUUCUCCAUGAUGCUGGGCUCUGGCAUGCCUGAGCUGCAGUCAUUUGAUGACAUCGCAUACAUCAGAAAGACUUUGGCUCUGGAAAAAAGUGAACAGGAGGCGUUGGACUACUUUAUGAAACAGAUGAAUGAUGCUCACCAUGGAGGCUGGACCACCAAGAUGGACUGGAUAUUUCACACAAUAAGACAGCAUGCACUAAACUGAUCUGCUGCACACAAACAAAAAAACAGUCCUGCCAUGGAGAAUUUCCCUUUGUCAAACAGCUGUUCACCUUACACCAUGCAGCACUGGUCUGUUGAGGAAUUUUAGUUCAUCAUCACAGCAGGCAAUGCAAGUUUUCUGUGAUUCUGGAAGUAUGGAAGUUGCAGUUUUUUUUAAUACAGCACCAUUUUUGUUUAUAUAAAUGCGAUUUCUUUUAUAUCGUCUGGUCUUGAAGAUCCCUUACCGUAUGUCUUGCACCAUCAUCGCUCCAUGUUCAAGAUAUGCCCCACCUGGCCGCUGACUGAGUAUGCUUCCUCUUCUUGCCAACAGCAACAAACCGUGUAGGAAAGUUUACCCAUCAUCCUGCUGCUCUUGCAGAAAAACAUGGAUAAACCAGUGUGAAUAUGUCUUCUUUUUUUUUUUCAAUCAAAAAAAUGUAGCCACAAAGUACGUUCACCUUGCUGCUCCUCUGCUGUAUUAGUGCUGCACUGUGGCUCCGCCCAAGGAAGGAGGUGCUGGAAACUUUCUGUUUUGAUUUUACAUCACUGCUGACAGGACAGAGGGCACAGGAAUCUGUCUAAACCGACUUAUAAAAUACAGAAGUUACAUUUCACUGUAAAGUGCAAGAUUACAAGAGUAUGGAGGCAUCUAUGUUGACCCCAAUUUAUAGUCUUCCACCAUCUUAGUGGUGAAGUUACCAUCCUGAGCUGAUUUGGUGUCAGUUCUCCUAUCUUUGUGAGAAAAUUCCAAAAGCUCAACAUCUUUGCAGAAGAGUCUCUGGGUUGUUUUGUACAGCUCUUCACUCUCCAACAGCCUCAAGGAAAAAACGCUCCACCACUUGGGAACAUUAGUUGGUGGUGCAGCUUAAGACUUCAGGGUGAUGCCUCUCCAUCAAAAAAAAAAGAAAAAACAGCACUUAGAGAUAACAGAAUAAUAUACAGAUUUAUUAUGACUUUUUCCAAUUUAUUUAUGUAUCUAAUUUUCUUCUGUUUCUAUACAGGCAAGACUCAACUAUCCAGAAACACACACUUUUUGUGUAAAUAUAUUUGUACUUUUUUUGUGUUUUGGUUUACAUAUUUGUUUCCCCUUACGUUCUUCUGACCCCGAGUGGGAUUGCUUCCCCUGAUUUCCUCUGUCUUAUUCCUUUAAAUCCCUGACAUCACUUUAAAGUUAAAGAUAUAGUUUUACCUGAUCCACAGUAGAUCAGUUCGUUUCAAAGGGGCUAGUUUGCAGCCCUGCUUGGAAUUGUUUAAAAAAUUUGACUGGGGAUGCAAAGUGAUAAGAAAUGAAAGUGCCAAUCUUCAAUGUGACAAAUAACGGGACCUAUUUAGAGCCUUCGGCUGUCUGUUUUGACUGCGAGCAGAGACCCAGGGGAAUGUCGCGUCUUCCUGUCUGUAAUGUCGCGUCUUCCUGUCUGUAAAAUUCCAGUACAACACUCCACAACAACAAACACUGUUAGUUCCAGAAACAUGGCCCAAAAAAACUAUGACAGCAUCAUCAACAUGAAAAGCUCAGUUUGACCCUCAGGGGGUUUGUUUUUGAUUUCCAACUUUGUAAAAUCCAUGAUCUUCAGCUUGUCCCUCAUUAGAACAGCUUUAAAAUCAGCAUUUCUGGAAAAGUGAAUCAUGGUGUUGUAUCCCCCAGCCCGAUUUAUGACCCACUGGAAGCAGCGUUGUGACCCACUUUGGGUCCUGAACCUUCCAGUUGAGAACCACUGCGUUAGAGUACACCUUGCUUUUUGCACCAAAUUGAUAUGAAAACAGGUGAAAUGUCAGCCAGUGCUUCUGUAGUGAUUCUAACAACUUGUGAUUUAGCUAAAAGAAUGAUUUGAAUGAAUGGUUGAGAAAUUCCAAUUUGUCAUGUAGUGUGGAUGGCCUCCUUUACUGGUUUUGUUUGAGCUGAGGAGGAGAGAAAAAUGGAUAGAUUAGGUAUCAGCUGUAUUUUCAGUGUCCGUCUCCAUGUCUUCAAGGGCUUCAUGUUUCACAGCCCAUUAAAGAUCUAAAGGGAGAUGUUGUCCCAGGGUUAUCAGGUGAAACCUAUGCCCUAAACAUUGCAAAAAAUGUUUCAUGGCAUUUGAUGAGUUUUUAGCACUAAGGCAGCUUUCCAGACAUCCAUCUAAUUGUUCUUUGGCCCCCAAACUGUGCAGGUAAUAAACAAAGCUCACAGAACAUAAGCAUGAUCCCCUACUGAAAGCCACAAGCAGCCUGCUUAGUAUGCUUAGUUAUGUGAUAGGAAGUCAGCUGAUGUUAACAAUCAUAGACCAUAAUGUGUGUAAAAUGUUGAAAGAAGAAAAAAAGAGAAGGAUUUUGGAACUGAAUUAAAAAAACAAUGCGUAUUUGUUUCACUGUGUCUCUAAAGCACAGCAUAGAUGUCUGAUCUUUUGAUGGGUUAAAGGAAUUUUCCAAUACUUUUUAAUUGCAGUAAUGGCAGUCAGUGUCAAGUCAGUGAGAAACUGUUGUAGGCUGUGCUUUACUAAUUUGAGAAUGUAGCAGUUCUCAAGAAAAGGUGCCUCAGAAUAGCCUCACAAGCCCCUAACACCCUCUCCAACAUACCAAGGAAGACAAGUGGGUGUUCCCUGAAAUGUCAUCCUAUUAGACCCUGCAGUAUGAAACUCAAAUCUGCCAGUGCAACAGAAAGUCUGCACUUUGCAAAUCCAACUGUUGAUUGUAGUGAAAAGCCAAAGUUUGGGUCUGUUCUGAUAUGAAGUGGGAUGUCCUUGUAUUGGAGCGUAUUCGGCUUGAAUGUAUUCCAGUGCGAACUUGUGCACUCAUGUUUCAUGUUCUUAAAUCAUCCAUGUUUCCCCUCCAAAGUCAGAUGCCGUGCCAUGAAAUGAAUAAUCAGCAGAGAGCUUUACUCAACUCUCUGUAUGUGCCAAAUCAGGCGUUCUUGACGCCUGUGAAAGCUAAAGCUGGAGUCAAACCUGCAGUAAUCAGCUCCAGACAUUAAAUAAAAGAAAAACGGUUGUAUACACUUAAAAUGUGUAGUUCUAAAUGCCUUUUUGUCCAGAAGGACUCCAUUAGAAAAAAGUUAGCUUAGCAUGCAUGUUUUCAAGCAGCAUUGAUGUACAAUUUGAAGCAGUGUGUGUAUAGUUACAAUCAUCUUUUUGUAUGGUGGGCUUCUUGUGUGGAGUUUUCCUUAUAUAUUUUCAUAUUUAACCUCCAAACUGCUUGCGUUUGUGUUUGCUCAUGUGCAUUAUCUGUCUUUCUGUGCAGGUUGCAGAGCUUCAUUGGCAGGCCCCAAUGAACACAGUGUGUGUUUAUGUCCAUGUGUCUGUAUGUUAUGACACUCAACUGUUGAAAUGGUAGUGUCACUAAAUGUUUUUAAUGCCUCUUUUGUUUUUUUGCAACAUUUGUAAGGAACCUUUUUUCAUUCAUAAGUUUUAAAUGUUUUACUUGAAGUGUCAUGAAUCAGAACCACAGCUGUGUUUUGUUGGUUUAAAGGUGAGCUGGGGGUUCACAGUGUUGCUUUAGUACUGAUUGUGAGUGGUGAUUUUGUACUGUAUUUAAGCGCCGAUGGUUGAAGCAUACAAAUUGAACAUUUCAGUUUGUAGAUAGAACUAGUAAUAGGGCUAAUGAAGGAGUACAUUCGCGCUAGAGUUUGAGUAUAUCAAAAAAAACUGCAGUGAGAGCUAAGAAGUUAUCUUCAGCCUGAAAGGUCUAAGAACAUCCAACUCCUAGAAGUAUUAGCUCUGAAAUCUAAGUUUGUUAAAAGUUCACCUGCUCUCUUACUUUGGUGCUGUAUUGUCGCAGGAUUUCAGCAAAAACCUUUGCACUAAUUUUAUCUCCCUCGUGACAGCAUUGAUAGCAGCCAUGUUUAAAAACUCCAAUGAAAACAGUGACUUGAAUAAAAACAACAGCUUUGCACUAAGCCUGGCUAAGUUGUCUGACCUCAUCGAUCAACGACUUUCGAGAGAUUAGAGCUAAUUUAAUGAUGCAUAUUCAAUUCAACAGCUACUUUGUUAAGAAAAUUGAAUUUGAAAAUGGAUUCUCUUGUUUGUUUUCAUCUUUUGGGCCAUUUUUGCAUUGCAGUGGAGAGUGAAAGAAUGUUAGGGGAGGUUGGGAUGAGGGAUGACUUGCAGCAAAAGGCUGGGAAUUGGGUUCAAACCCAGGACAACUGUGUUGAGGACUGUAGCCUCAGUAUUUGGUUUGCAAAGUUUAAACUGGCACCCCAAAAAGGGUUAAUUUUUACAGUUAUUAUGUGCAAAGAAUAUUGAUUUUCUGAGGUUUAAAAAAGAAAGAAUAUCCUGUUGUCUUUCAUUCCCUGCUUAAACAAUCAUUCAAUCUGAGAUGCAUUUCCAGAAAAAAAAGUCAUUUUCAUAUGAGAGCCAGAGAUUAUAUAAAGCAGUUUAAUGCAGAAUCAGCACAGUAAAUCCAAUGUAUGUGAAGCCUGUCUUUACUCUAAUCUUUUUGUUGCUGUUUGUUCACUUGGUGGACAGAUGUGCGUCCAUCUCUUAAGCAUAUAACCCUGACGUUUACAGAAUGUGGCUGCUUCUGUAAAGCAGCUAAGAGAAUAUUGCAGUCCCAAAGCUAAUGACCAUCCCUGUUUAGACACAAAAUGUGUUUUUGUAAAUCCUGAGAAUGUGCUUUACACAAAAUGAAUGUGGAGGGUUAUAAACGCCUUGCAAUGCAAGAGAAAUCUGCAUUGCAUUAAAGAGCAAGUAUGAAUAAUUAUGGACAUUAUUGAUCAUUUGUGAUCGAGUUUAAAGCCCCUGAAGUGUCCCAACAACAUUUCAUCAGAAAAAACAAAAAAAACAAAAAAAAAAAAACGACUGAGUGGUCUUUGGUUCCAUUCUCUUCUGUAUGCAGUAUUCUUGUGUGUCUGAUGUAUUUCCACAACAUACCAUGCUGUCAGAACUUUAACCUAUACUAUGACUGAAUGUACAACGGGCCAAUGUAAUGUUUCCAGAUUACCUGCAUGUGACUGGGUAAAGAUGAAUAUUUGUCCUUUUGCUACAUGUUUCUUUAUUUAGUCUGCUAAGCAGCCAUACAGAUGUUUAUAUAAAUUAAUGCCUUAAGUUUGCUCCCUGUAGGAACACUUUCAUAAAAUAACCUGUUUUUUAAUUUAUUGAUGUAAAUUGUGUUUUAUUUAGUUUUCCCUGGUCACAGAGUAAAGGUUUGUACCCUGACUGGUCAUCUGAGUGUUCUGUGAAGAUAUACAAAUAAAUUUGUUAAACAUUCA